CACUUUCUCUCUCUAUAAACUAUGGAGAAUAUGUUGAACAAGCUACGGAUCAAACCCAAAAUCAAUGAAGAUUUCUACAGUGGUAGCCUUCCCGGCGACGUCAUCACUCUCGCCUCCUCCAUCGUUAUGCUUCUGCUCUUCUUCGAGGUCGUACCACAGCAUCCCUUAUUCCUCUUUUCCUUUUGUUUUCCUCUCUCUCUCUCUCUCUCUCUCCCCCUCUAAUCAAAAAGGGGUUCUGAAACGCGUCGAGCCUUCCUCAUCGCCUCCGACUCUCCGAUCCCUCUUCGACUUGGUUUAUGAGAUGACAACAGCAAUAGCUAUUGAAGAUGUCCGUAGAGAGGUAAAAAUACUGAAAGCAUUAUCUAGACAUAAGAAUCUGGUCAGAUUUUAUGAUGCAUUUGAGGAUGCCAAUAAUGUCUACAUAGUCAUGGAGUUGUGUAAAGGUGGAGAACUACUGGAUAAAAUUUUGUCCAGGGGUGGAAGAUACACAGAAGAAGAUGCUAAAGUUAUUGUUGUGCAAAUUUUAAGUGUUAUUGCCUAUUGUCAUCUUCAAGAUGUUGUGCAUUGUGAUCUAAAGCCAGAGAAUUUUCGUUUUGCCACAAGAGAAGAGGAUGCUUCAGUGAGGGUUAUUGAUUUUGGUCUCUCCGAUUUUAUAAGGCCUGGACAAGCUGUUCUAUUGCAAAGCUACAUUAACCAGGUUUGUGCCAGAAGAUGGGUGGUUCUAUGCAGCCUGCCCCUGCUCGAAGCAAAUGAGGAAAAAGCCACUGAGUCAACUAAUAAUCUGCCCAGAUUAUGAUAUGCAGCAGCCACAUUACAGACAUAAAUGGUUCAGUUGCAGUGAUGUAUAUAAAGUUGGAGAUGCAUUCCCCCUAUGAAUCUAUGAUGUAUAUUUCAGCUGACCAUGUGUGAUGUACUUACCAUCAGAUAUCAACUGCCUUAAUGAUUUGUGUACUUGAAAAUUCUGUACUAUCUAUCUAUUUUUGCUGUACUUCACCUGCUCUUUCACUUUGAUUAUACAGUUUAAACAACAGAAUGUUGAAACAAAUAAUCGGAUCUGCAAAAUUGUUCAGAUCAUUGAGACAUAGCAUGAUUCAUCUUAUGUGCCAUACUUGGAUUUCCAGCUGUUUAUUUACCUGGGAUACUAAUGCAGGAAAAUAUGAGGAGAUCUGUGCACCCCUGGUUGAAGAAUUUUGUUACAUUACUUAUAGGGUCCCUUAUUGAUAACACAUGUUUUAAGGAAAGAGUGGGCAGUAAAGGCGCGCAAAUCAUAUAGCCAAAAUGAUAUUGACGAGGUGUGCAUUGAAGUGGCUGAUUAUAUACAGAGUUUGGUGUAAGACUUUUGGCUUCCAUGAUUUUGAGUAAGGCUAGUUUUUGCUUUGAAGCAAAGUUUGGUGUAGAACGUACUUUUGUAGUUGGUUGCUAAUAUGUUUCUAAGCUAGCCUUUGUAGGUUUUGGGUUUUAUUUUGUGAAUUAUGUUGAAUCAUGAAUUUGGAAAGAAAAUUAAUGGAAAGCUCUAAUUUUUGGGUGAUGAGAAAUGUAUUUCUUUUUCCAGCAACUAGAUGAAAUCGAUGUCCUAUGAUUAUCAAUA